CUGUUGAUACGUACACUCUCCUUGCCAUGCCUGCCAUGGCAAUGGCACCAUACCAUGCAGAGAGCGAGAGGGACAGCCAGCAUCGCCCAACGUCACGCACAACGGCACAAACCUAUCUGCAGGCAGCUGCUGCCUUUAUCUUCGUCUCCAUUCGUCCGUCAUCCAGUCCAUGUGCCACCAGUUCCCCGGGCGUCGCCAUCGCCGGACGCGGGUCACCUCAACCCCCACUACGCGCGCCGUGCCAGGGGCCGGAGCCAGCCGCCACUCCCUCCCUGCCUCACCAGUCACCACUCGCCAGCCUAGUAGCCUACGCUUCAUGCCCACCAAUGACCAAACCAACCAAGCAAGCGCUGCUCGCUCGCCCGCUACUAUAUAUUCUCACCUGCACCGCUUCUUCUCUUCUCGCGAUCCAAGCUGAACGAGAGCCACCUAGCAAGCUAGUUUAGCAGGUCAGGCAUGGCCAGCGCGACGACGACUGAGCAGCGUGUCAGCUUCAUCGUCGACGGAGAGGCUGAUGAGCAGCAGCAGCAGCGGCAGCAUGACGACGACCUUGUUAGCCGCGCCGCCGUGGUGGCGAGGGAGGUGAGCAAGCGGGUGUCUCGCCUGUCCGUCGAAGGAGGAGGAGACGCUCAGGGCGUCUACAAGGUCGGCAGUGAAGGCGGCGUUGCCAGGCCAAGGAACGGACAUCCUCACGAGGCCGACGCGGGGGAGGGGACGCCGCGGUUCCGGCGCUCGUCCGGCGGCGCGCGGGCGCUGCCGCCGCCGCACGCGUGGCUGGCGAUCGAGGACACGAGGAAGCUUCAGGAGGAGCAGGGGCAUGACGACGGCGACGACCCGCAUGCGGAGCAAUGGGCGCGGCUCUUCCGUGGCGGCGGGACGACGCAGCAGCAGCAGCAGCGGCUGAGGCUGCGGCGGAGCAGCUUCAGCAUGGUGCGGCGCGAGCGCGAGCGCGCGGCGCGGGAGGCGUGGCUGGACCACGCAUGGGAGAUGAAGCGGAGCUGGCACCAGCGCAACGGCGGCGCUCCCGACGCGGGCACCCCCGUGGUGGUGGUGGUGGGGACGUCGUCGUCGUCGUCGUCGCACUCGGACCAUCAGGCCACCGCGGCGGGCGGCGGGGUGGCCAUGGACGUGGAGGAGGUCCGCGCGUGCCGGGACCUCGGGCUGGAGCUGCCCUCCGACUGCACCGUGGAGAUCCAGUGCUACGGGCUGUCCGGCGGCAGCAGCCCCACCCACGGCAGCGGCGCUGAUUCACCCUGCGCCGGCUCCAGCCGCCCUGUUGGUGAAGGAGAAGGAGCGGAUCCGAUGGACGUGAAGGCUCGGCUCAAGGCGUGGGCACAUGCGGUGGCCCUCGCAUCCACCACCCAUCUCAACUCAUGAUAUAUGGAUAAAAUAUAUAUAUAGUAAUGGUCCUCGAAUUUGGUAUGCCGUGUUACUUAGAUUCUCAAACUUAGAAAACUAGGAAAACAUGUGCUGGAACUUGGUGGCCCAUUCAAAGCUGUCCAAUAUCAAAUUUGCUUGAACCAGAUGCCAACAUAGUGUGCCACGUUAGAGUCAUUUGGAUCCCUAAACUCAACAUGUUGUGUCACUUUAGAUCCCCGAACUUGGCAUGUUGUGUCAUUUGGGUCCAUAAACCUUUAUUACUGUGCUCCAACAUGGCACGUUAUAUCCGCGUCCAGUUUAAGCAAAUCCAGUUUUAAACAGUUUUGCACGGGCCGACCAAGUUACCUAACCUGUUUUUCUGAGCUCCAGCGUGCCAAAUUGAAAGGACUAUAUAUAUAUAAGCAAACACCUUUUUCUUCUUAUAUAUAUAGCCAUGUUUGUAACCAAAUGUCCUUUUUCCUUUCCUUUACAUACGUAUCUAAUUAAAUCCCCACGUGUAAGUGUACUGCUAAGUAAGUAGAGUAUACUUACUCUUCGAUUUGGAAUGUAAGCAUCCAUUAUGUGUAAGAGAUAUUAUAUAUAAGUGUGUCGCGCGCGCACGCGCGUGCAA